AUGCUGUCAUGCGCAAAGGCUGUCACGCCCCUUGGGGGCCAGCAUAAAAGCGGCCCAGCGCCUCUCGCCCUCACACACUUCUCCUGACGCCUUCUCCUACGCGGUCAACAAGGACCCCUCCGCACCACAGACAUGGCCUGCUACGACCUCUGCAGCCCCUGCGGACCCACCCCGCUGGCUAACAGCUGCAACGAGCCCUGCGUCAGGCAGUGCGAGGACUCCCGCGUCGUCAUCCAGCCUUCCACCGUGGUGGUCACCCUGCCGGGACCCAUCCUCAGCUCCUUCCCCCAGAGCACAGCCGUCGGAUCCUCCUCAUCGGCUGCCGUGGGCAACAUCCUCAGCUCCCAGGGAGUGCCCGUCUCCUCCGGUGCCUUCGGCUACGGCUACGGCUUCGGAGGCCUGGGCUGCUUCGGCGGCAGAAGAGGCUGCUCCCCCUGCUAA